GCCACCAUUGGAGUUGACGAGUCUAACAAACCGAGGUAGCAGUUCUAUUGUGCAAAAAUCGGUCGAUUGGUGGUGGUUAUAAAUUUCGAGGGUCGUUUGUGAUAUCCAAUUAAUUUGGAUAACUAACAGAAAUGUCGGGUGGAAGUGGAGACAGUGCCGUUACCCCAGACACCUCAGGUGAUAACGAAAUGGACCGCGUGGAGGUCUAUUUACGCCUGAAGCCGCUCCUCUCAAGCGAGUUAGGAAUUGUUGAAAUCGAGAGUCUGCAAGCCAUCAUAGUCGACCCACAAAAAGCGGCUCAACUGACUGGUCAGAGGUUACUGGCCAGUAAGAAACCUGCGAGGUAUACAUUUGAGCACGUCUUUCCGGGCCACAGUGGGCAAGCCGAUGUGUUUGAUCGAGUGGCAAAGUCGUCUGUACACGAUGUACUCUCGGGCAAACCGGCACUUAUCUUUAUGUACGGAAUUACGGGUUCUGGCAAAACGUACACAAUGAGUGGUACGCCCCAGAGCGUAGGCUUACUGCCAAGGUCUUUGGAUGUGCUCUUUAACAGUUUGCCUCCAAAUUUGAAGGCGAUGAAGUUCCUUUUUAAGCCUGAUGGCCUCAACAGUUAUGACAUCCGAGGUGAAGCCGAUGCAAUGGUUGAUCGCCAGAACGCUAUGUUGGCAAAUCGGGCGGCUACCCAGUCUAUAGAGCGAACUCCGGCGAAGAAAAAGCAGCGGAAUGAGCAUAAGGAGUGGCUACAACGAGAGAGAGACUCGACGCGUGUUUCGGGAGACAUCCCCGAGUAUUGUAAAGUUGCUGUUUUUGUGCAAUUUGUUGAGAUCUACAAUGAUUGCGUGUACGACCUUUUAGAGGAAGAGCCUGCUAGUGUGCAAGGUCGUGCCAGAGGCCCAUCAGUACGAAUUUUGCGUGGCGAAGAAACCAAGUAUGUAUUUGGAGCGGCUGAGGUUGAGGUUGAAAGCGCGGAUGAGGCGAUGGAGGUUUGGAUGCGCGGACAGCGUCGUAAACGAGUGGCAAGUACACUGAUGAAUGCUGAGAGUUCGCGAAGCCAUUCGGUUUUCAUUGUAAAGGUGGUUCAGGCACCAGUAGAUGAGUGUUCCGGCGGAGUUGUACAAAAGAAAGAGUAUAUUACAGUUACCCAACUGAACCUCGUCGAUCUCGCUGGUUGUGAACAGCAGAAGAAGACGGGUGCAAGUGGUGAUCGCCUUAAAGAGGCGAACAAUAUUAAUCAGUCACUUACUGUACUACGCAAGUGUUUGGAUUACCUGCGCGAAAAUCAAAUAAAUCCAAAUGCCAAUAAGAAUAUACCGUAUCGCGAAUGCAAACUAACCUAUCUAUUCAAGAGCUUCUUCGAGGGCCGGGGCCGAGUCAAGAUGGUCGUUUGUGUCAAUCCACAUGCUGAGGAUUGCACUCAGACGCUCGAAGUGCUGAAAUUUUCUGAGACGGCGCAGGAAAUUGAAUUGCAGCGAGUUCAGCCGCUCCGAGUACAGCAGUACGUCGAGCCAACGCCAAUUUCUUCGCUGGAUGAUUUACGCGUACCAGUAUACUUUGAGUCGACAGAUAUUCCCAGCUAUCUCAUGAGUGAGGUUGAUAAUGAAGCUGCAAUGAUUUCUAUUAUGAAACUGGUUGAAGAGGGCGCCAAAGAAUGGGAGGGCAUCAGAACAAUAUGUUAUGAAACUGCCAAGGCUGUCAAAGAUACAGUUCGUGAAUGGGAUGAUGAACGACGCAGUCUAAAAGUGAAGUUGUCGUCCUCUGAUAAAGAGUGUAAGCAGAAGUCAAAAACUAUUCAGGACUUGCUUGCGGAAUUCAAUCAAGAGCGUCGCGAAAAGGAAACCAUGAAAGAGAAACUCAUUGAAGCUGAGUCAAAGAAAGAGUAUGCUGAGAAACGAAUUCGUCAUUUAGAAGAAGCACAUCGCAAAGCUAAGGACGAGCAGGUUAGAAUUAAAAAAGACAUAGAGAAGAAGUGCUCUAAGGAAAAGGACCUUCUUAUUACAAAAUACGAUCGAAUUCUGAACGAACAGAAGAUUGAGGCGAUGAAAAAGGGCGCAGCACAAGCCAAGCAAAAUCUUGUCAAGGACCUACUACAGAAAAACGAGUACGAACAUCUGACUUCAUCCGCGCCUGAGUCAGCUAGUGCCAGAAGCCGUACACCAAAAAGGCCCCAGCCUUUUAAACAAAGGACCCAAACCUUCCAUACGCUCGAAACGCACAAACGAUCCAGUGGGCAGAAAUCGGCUGCCAGCACUUCGGAGCCCGAUCUGAGCGACAUGGAGAUGGUGACUGCGAAGUUAAAGUGUUAUGGUCCAACUACUCGGAGUAGGUCAAAAAGCAGUGAUGCACGUUGGUUGGAACACAUGGACGGUGUAACUAGCAUACAAAAAGAUCUGCUUAUGCAGCCAUAUAUGUCGAAAAAAAAAAGUGUGACAAAACUUGAGACAAAAGAUCUCGAGUCCGCUAAUAAGUACGCACUUGUUACAAUCGAAGGACCCGAUUUUCAGGUUGUGAAAGGCGAAGUGCUAACGUCACCCGCAGGUGGCUCUUCCGUUGUGUUCACGGACGUCGAGACGCUUAGGAGCAAAAAAGUUAAUGGAGGCGCUGGAAACAAGAGAAAAGACGCAGAAAACGAGCGCUACGUUGGACCAAUGGACACCAAGAAGAGGUGUGGCUUAGCCAUCGAAGGUCAUCCGUAUCUAAGAAACGUUGUCCAUCGCAACAACCACGAGAAAUUCGUAUGAUGCUGAUUACAGGCUGAGGUAGUCGAGGACAACUAUGAAGCUAUUGCCUACGUCAGGUUUGCAUAUACGACGUCCAGAUUGUGCGACUCCAGAUAUACUUUCUACUUAAAGCCUUAUCCAGUGCGACCAGAUUUUCACACGCACAUUCGAGAAGCAUCCGGGGUUUGACGGCGAAGAAAGGAAUUUUGCGAGUAACUGCACUUCUCAAAGUACGAGAAAAGUUCCUGUGCUCACAACUGCAGGAUGGCUUAUUCAGAGCUAUAAUGCCAACAAAACAAUGAUUCACGAACGCUCGCGGAUCUUAAUGGCAUGAACCUCGUGCGCCUGCCUCUUCCAUUUAAAAGUAUAUAUAGGGACACGUACAAAAUUGUAUAAUGUAAUUAAUGUGGCUGUUUUUAGGAAUAAACCCUGUCCUACAUGAAAUAUUGUAAAUCGCAUAUGACUGUAAUCCUAGUGAGGAUGAUUACAAAUAUACUAUUGUACAUAUUUAAUUCGGAAUCAAAGAUCGUUUUCCGACUCCUAACUGUAUCACAGUUCCGAUGCAUUGCUGAACCUAGGAAAGCGGAGCGCAGAAAUCUGCAAUGUCAUUUCAUAAUCACAUAUAUCGUAUUAUGUGUCAUACUAAACUAUCACGCGUAGGACCUUAAUAGAAAAUAAAUACAAUUCAGGAUUAAAAAAUGGUGAAACGAUUGAGAUGUUAAUCUUCAGAAUGUUCAAUAGUAGGCCAAAAUUAUAAACCUUUACGACUAAAUGGAUGUUCUUAAUAUAUCUUUGUAAUAGAUACUAUUACGAAUUUACAAAGUUGAGUAAAUUUAGCUGUCUUUGUCCAUUUUUUCAGUUAUAGAAACACGCAAAUACCUAGCCUGUUUCAAGUACAAUGAAUUCACCUACGAUCAUAUACAUAUACUUGCUAGUAUUAACAUCCGAGUAUUAAUUGGUUAACUGCAGUAGUAUGCGCACCUCAUCAACAUACUUAUAUAGGUAAAAGAAUUUUGUAAAGUGAGCUGCUUGUUUUGCUUAACCCAAUUAAAUGGUCUAAUCACAAAUAGUUCAUAAUAAAUCGUUUCGUAUCUACAUUACCAACAGGUCGAAGAUCGGAGAUACUGAUAUGCUAUAAUUUUAAACGUAUUCUAAAUACAUGAACAGUGUCUUGUAAACAGACUAUGAUAAAAAAGUGACUCUUUAUUUAUUAGCAUUAUUAUUAGUACAAGUACUUGACAUACUGAUAUUAACAUACAUCGAUCAUUUUCUUACUCAGCAACCUACGCGUUUGGCAUUAAAUAUUGUUCAGACAAAUAAAAAACGAUCAAUUUUCGAUCAAUUGAUUUUCACUUGUAGAUAUUUUAUUUUCAUUAUAAGUAUUAUUUUUCGUAUUAUGUCACUUUUCUCAUUUUCUUCUCUUGGUAGCGCCGCUUGGACAAAUCCGAAAUAAUAUUAAUGAGUUGUAAUG